AUGGUCGUCUUUCGGUUACCAAACAUUCGGUAUCUUGAGUUAUUGGUACUUGAAAACACUAGCUUUUCGAGUCGGAUACGUGACUCUAUAGGAAACCUUCAUUCAUUGGAAAGUGUUUAUAUUGGUCGCUACAAGUUUUCGGGAGUGAUCCCCUUUUCACUUGGCAAUCUUAGCAAGCUUGUAUUGUUGGACCUUCAAGCUAACUCCUUUAGCGGCCGGAUACCUUCUUCCACGAUGAACCUCAUCCAGUUAAACUAUGCUUUACUCUACUUCAAUAAUUUCGGAGAGAUGUCGGAAUUCAUUGGGAAUAUGAAGGGUCUUCAUUUGCUCAACCUCUCCAACAACAUGCUCUCCGGUUUCAUCCCAUCACACACCGGGAAUCUAGCGAGGCUCGAAUCAUUGGACUUAUCUCAAAACGAGCUUUCCGAGGAGAUCCCUCGACAACUCGAGCGACUUACUUUCCUUGCAACCUUUAAUAUGUCUCAUAACCAUCCGUCGGGGCCUAUACCACGAGGAGGCCAAUUAGAUACAUUUCAAACCAGAUUAUUUGAUAGAAAUUUAGGAUUGUGCGGAGAGUCGUUGUUGAAGAAAUGUAGAAAUCAUGCGCCCUUAGUCCUCGCUCCUCCUCGUAGUCGAUGA